AUGAACCGUCUCACUACGCGGCUCAACGCGAACUCCGAACUCCGGGAUGAAUAUAGGACGUUCUUGCGGGACUACGAGCGGUUGGGUCAUAUGCGCGAAGUUUCCAGGUCUCCCGACAAUACGCAAUGCGUGUAUAUUCCGCAUCUCCCCGUCAUACGGGAAGACAGCGCAACGACUCAUCUGCGAGUGGUGUUUAACGCGUCGAGCAACACUUCUAACGGAUUAUCGCUCAACGAUCACUUGCUCGCGGGUCCAAAGCUGCAAAACGAUCUCAGUUCGGUCAUUCUCCAAUGGCGAACCUUCAAGUACAUCUACACUGCCGAUAUCGCUAAGAUGUAUCGGCAGAUACAAGUCAACGAGCAGGACAUUAACUAUCAACGAAUCUUGUGGAGAUCCGAUCCGUCCGAGGCCCUCAAAGAUUAUCAGUUGCUCACCGUCACUUACGGGACAACUUCAGCGCCUUACCUCGCGCUUCGAGUCAUUCAGCAAUUAACUAUGGAUGACGGCGAGCAGUUUCCCCUCGCCGUUCCAAUUUUACAAAAACAAAUCUACGUCGACGACGUGUUAUUCGGCUCCGACACGAUCGAAAGUCUGCGUCGAACCCGCGAACAAGUGAUCGCGUUGCUUCGUCGAGGCGGAUUCACUCUAAGAAAAUGGGCAAGCAACUCGUCCGAAUUACUCACCGAUAUUGAUCCCGCGGAUCAUGGCUUAGCUUGCAAUAAACUACUGCAGCAAGACGAUCAGCUCAAAAUUCUAGGCGUCAGCUGGAAUCCCGCGAACGACCACUUUCAGUUCAAAGUCACGGUGCCGUGUCAAGCGCCUCGCACGAAACGCGCGAUUUUAUCGUUCAUCUCGAAGCUCUUCGAUCCACUGGGGUGGGUCACGCCUGUGACCGUGACAGCGAAGAUCUUCAUGCAAUCGCUUUGGCGAACCGGUAUUGCCUGGGAUGACGAACUCUCGCCAGAGCAUGCCGAGCAGUGGCUUAGCCUUUAUUCACAGCUACCGGGGUUAAACGCGAUCAAAAUCCCCCGUUGGACAAAUCAAGGGGCUGAUACUCGGCUCAUCGAGUUACACGGCUUCGCCGACGCGUCAUCCGUAGCCUACGCCGCGGUCGUUUAUUUGAAAAUUGUAACAUUGUCCGGCGCCGUACGGAUCGCCCUCUUGUCCGGUAAAUCAAAAGUCGCGCCGAUAAAGCCAUUAAGUAUUCCGCGACUGGAGCUGCAAGCCGCCGUAUUACUUACGCGUCUCAUAAAAUCUCUUCGCGAAACGAUUCCCGUUGAAUCGUCCGACUGCUACUGUUGGACGGACUCGACCGUCACCCUCGCGUGGCUGUCCCAGCACCCAUCGCGCUGGAAGACGUUCGUAUCCCAUCGCGUCGCGGAAAUCCAGGCCAACGUUCCGGGCGCGCGAUGGAAUCACGUCGCCUCAGCCGACAAUCCUGCCGACUGCGCGUCCCGCGGCCUGUACGGGGGCGAGCUUCCGUUACACCCCCUGUGGUGGCAUGGUCCGUCGUGGCUCGGGCUCUCGUCGGAAUCUUGGCCGCCGCAAAUUGGUCCGCUGUCUGUCGACGAUGUGCCUGAGACGCGCGGGCCGCAUCUCAUGCCUCAAUUGCAAGUCCCGACUGGGACCUCGAGACGAGGUUUUCAUCGUGGCCAAAACUCAUUCGAGUGA